UGAGAGAAUAGACCGAACAGAACAGAACAUAAAAAGGCAAAGGCAAAAGUCGCCGUUGGGACCAAACAUAAACUGCCCAUACGGUUGCUGACGUCACCGCCGGUCAUCAUGUCAAGCAAGCAAUUAUCCCAUUCUCCAACUUUUCUUCUUUUUCGUUUCGUUUGUUUCUUCUCCUACUCUGUAUUCUUUCUCCUCCGUUGCGCACUGUUAGAAGCAAAGAAUGGAAACGACGACGACGCCUCCUCCUCCGGCAAAGCCUCAGCAACCACAUUCCAUUGUUUCUCAUCGUCAGCCUUCGGGACGAGAAGACUGGUGGACCGAAGACGCGACUGCAACACUGCUUCAAGCGUGGGGGCAUCGUUUCGUCAGACUCAAUUUCGGGAAUCUCCGGCAGAACGACUGGAAGGAAGUCGCCGGCGCCGUGAACUCGAGCCACUGUAGCGGUCGUCCGAAGACGGACACUCAGUGUAAGAGCCGGAUCGAUACGUUGAAGAAGAAGUACAAAGCGGAGAAGGCCAAGCUCUCUCCGUCGGCUUGGCGUUUCUUUGACCGCCUCGACGUCUUGAUCGGUCCCGUCUCGAAGAAACCUGCGGAGGAAGUUGUCAAGUCAGAGGCUUUAAAGCCUUAUCUGAGUUUAACUGGUAACAAGCAUAGGGAAAGCUCUCGUGAAGAUGAUGAAGACGAGGCUGGGGACUGGGGCCUCGUCUCUAGGAAGUAUCCUCGUGUGGAAGAGGGAGAUCUGAGUGAAGAGUCGGCGUGUAAGGAACUAGCUAGAACAAUUGUGAAGCUGGGGGAAGUUUACGAGAGAGUGGAAGGUAGGAAGCAGAAGAUGAUGAUUGAACUGGAGAAGCAAAGAAUGGAAGUUGUUAAGGAGCUAGAGUUAAAAAGAAUUAAUAUGUUGAUGGAGAUGCAAUUAGAGCUUGAGAAAUCAAAAAACCGGAAACGUGAGAGGGUGGUUCAGGCGAGUAGUGUGGUGAAGCAAUGAAGAUGUACUUAACUCUGCUUAGGCUAUUUGCAAAUUGGAGGAGGGGCCUGUUAGUAUUGCUAAUCUGUAGGAUAUAAGUUAAACAACUCGUUAGGAAGCCUUUUUGUCUUAUCUUCUAGCAUCAUCGUAGGGUACAUUAGUGUAAUUGAGCAGACCACUCUUUUAAGUAUCCUACAGAAACCAGGUAUUUUUGUGAAGUUGUCAUUGUAUGUAUGAAUUUAUGAUCAAUGGUUUGUGUGACCUUGUGAAAUUGAAAA